AUGAAUAAUCCAGAGUUAGAACAGUCAACCUAGAUAGCUUUCUUUGCUUCGAGUCCUAAAAUUAUGGUUGAGGAGUUGGAAAAGGUUGAAAUCAAAUCAGAGAAUUUUGAUAGUCAGAUGGCUUGUUUAUAGUAUUUUUCAUAUAUUCUUUCAUGGGACAUUGUGAAUGCGAGAUUUUUCUAUUAUAAAUAUUAAAGGCUUGUGGAAUUAGAGUUGAUAGGGAAGGAGAUGACGAAAUUUUUGAAACUGGUUUUCGAGAACAAGCAUUCUGAAUUGAUCAAGGGAUGUGAUAAAUUAUGUGAGAUACUUAAUACCAUACCUGUGUAUAAGAAAUGGUCGAAUGAAUUGAAAAGUAGAGUUGCUGAUCACUUGAAAAAUUUGGUUGAGAAUAAUUUCACUUCUAUUAGUGCUGCUCGUUUAAGUUAGUAUGGAGGACAACCCCAAGACAAGGCGUUUGUGAAGAUCGAGGAGAGGGAACAUCGAGAAAUUGAGUUAGAUGGCGAGGUUGAUACAAAAUAUGGAGAAUAAGUGAAGUUUAUAAAAAGCUAUUUAACACAUAAUUCUUUUACACAAAUCAUAUAUAUAAAAUCUAAAAUGUAAUAGAAAGAGGUUGAUGAGACUCUAGAGGAAGUGAAAACCAUAAAGGCAAUAACACCAAAGGAAAUAAAGAAGAUCGUGAAACCUCAAUUCGAGGCAAAUCCAGAACUAUUUUAUCCAACAAAAGUGUUUGAUAAAUUUGGGUUCACUAGAUGCAAAUGUCCUAAAUGUGGAGCCUACUUUUGGAGACACACCGAUAAAAAGAUUACUUGUGGGGAUUCGAACUGUGAAGGAAAAUAUUCUUUUAUUGGAGUAGGGACUGGAAAGGGAGCCAAAGGCAACAAGAUCACAUAUGCUGAUGCUUGGAAUGGAUUCAAGAAGUCGUUAACGAGUGCUCGAGUACCAUGCACAGCAAUAGAUAGAUAUCCCGUCGUAGCUAGAUGGAGAAAUGAUGUUGAUUAUGUAGCUGCUGGUAUCUAUUGUUUCCAACCAUUUUGUGUUACUGGAGAGAUGGAUCCACCUGCAAAUCCUUUAAUUUGUCCCCAGUUUUGUGUUAGAUUCAAUGAUUUGGAUAAUAUAGGUUUGACAGGUAGACAUUAUUCUGGAUUCAUAAUGCUUGGAAUAUAGACAUUCAAUUAUCCUGAGAAGUAUGUUUUCUUUAAGGAGGAAUGUGUAGAAUUCAAUUACAGAUGGUUGACAGAGGAAUUAGAAAUAAACCCAGAUGAUAUCACAUUUAUAGAAGAUGUUUGGGCGGGAGGAGGAAACUUGGGACCAUCAGUAGAAUACUUUGUGAAUGGAUUGGAGGUGGGAAACAUGGUGUUCAUGUAAUACAAAUAUUUCCAUGAUGGUUCUUACGAAGAAUUACCAAUAAAGAUCAUAGAUACAGGUAUUGGAUUAGAACGUAUUCCUUGGUUAAUUAAUGGAUCACCAACAAGUUACCAUGAUGUCUUUGCAGGAGCAUUUGCCUAUUUAUCAGAGAAGUUGCAGGUCCAAUAUUCAAAUGAAGUUUGGAAGGCAUUUGGACCUUAUAGUUGUUUAUUGAAUGUUGAUGAGAUUGAAAAUGUGGAUAAGACAUGGGAGUACAUCUCAACCUAGAUUGGAUAUGAUGUUCCAACUAUCAAAAAGGAAAUAGAAUAAUUAAAAGAUAUGUACAUCAUAUUGGAUCACACUCGUACAGUAAUGAUGGUCGUAACUGAUGGAUCUCUGCCAUCAAAUGUAGGUGGUGGUUCCAAUAUCAGGAACAUUAUCAGGAGAGUAUUCGCUGUAUUAAAGAAGAAUAGUUGGUGGGAGAAGUUGGGAAUGGAUGGACUACUGUAAUUGUUUUAGGAACACAAAAAUGAUUUGGCCAAACUGUAUGGUCCAUUUGGAGAGUACAAGAGUUUUGAUUUAAUAAUCAAACAGGAAUAUGAGCGUUGGGCUAAAACAGAUGAUGACAAGAAAGUUAAAUUAGAAAAACUAUUGAAACAAAAGAAUAAUCAAUUAAGUAUCGAUGAUUGGAUAUUUGCUAUGAGUACACAUGGUAUACCUGCAGACACUAUCAGUCAAAUCAGUAAACUACCUAUUCCUGGUAAUCUAUAUGCUGAGUUGGCUGACAGGGCUGCCAGAAUCACAAAAGCACCAGAGGCCAUCCUGUACAAUACAGUACACUUACCUGAAACUGUCAAUCUCUAUUAUUAAACACCAAAAGAUGGAAAAUUUAAUGCAAAAAUUGUGACCAUUUUCUCCAAUGUUCAGUAAUAGAAUCUACCAAAUAUUGUGAUUUUGAAUCAAUCAGCAUUCUAUCCAUUUGGAGGUGGUUAGGAUUAUGAUUAAGGGUGGUUGACUAUUCAAGGCGAGAGACAUUUUGUAAACAAUGUUCAAAAGGUAGGCAAAGUUGUAUUGCACAUUUUGGAUAAGCCAUUGUCUGACCCUAUUGACACAUAUGUAAAUCAAGAGAUCUUGGCUGAAAUUGAUUUGGACAGGAGAACCAUCUUGCGUAAUCAUCAUACAGCCACUCACAUUGUAUUUGCAGCUUGUAGAAGAGUCCUUGGUCCUCAUGUUUGGUAGAAUGGUGCUCAUAAGAGUGUUAAUAAUGCUCAUCUUGACAUCACUCAUUUCGCUCCCUUGACCAAGGAAUAGGAGCAGAAUAUUGAAAAUGAAGUCAACAAGAUAAUUCUAUCAGCCAGAUAAAUUAAUAAAGGGUUCAUGAGUAAGUCAGAUGCUGAAAAAGAAUAUGGAUUUAGAUUAUAUCAAGGUGGUAUUGUACCUGGAAAUGAAUUGAGAGUUGUUAAUAUCGAGGGUAUAGAUGUGGAAGCCUGUUGCGGUACUCAUUGUGACAGCACUUCAGAAGUAGGAUGGGUUAGAAUUCUCAAGACUUAAAAGCUUUAAGAUGGAGUAGUCAGACUUUAUUAUGUUGCUGGAGUGAAAACAAUUGAGGUUCUCAAUUCUGAAGGAGAGAUGAUCAAUUAAUUGGUUAAGUUGUGGUCCAUCUCCAAAAAUCAAUUGGUUGAAGAAGGAAGCAAAAUAUUUUAGGAGAAGAAGCAUUAUGAAACAGCAUACAAUUCUAUUAAAGCUGAACUUAUCAAAUCUUAAAUGAAAUAUGUGAUCGACGGACCCAAUCUUAAGACUAUCAUAUAGUCCAAUGAAACCAAUCCUACUGCUUAUUUCAGUGAAAUAGGAAAGUACAUUCAACAAUUAAAGGAUUCCAAAAAAGGACUUAUUUUUGUGGCUGAUACUUUCCUAUAUGGGGCUUUUGGCGAUGGAAACUUCAACGUUGAAGAACUUUCUAAGCAGAUUGAGGAGGAAGGAACUCAAUUGAAAGUCAACAAAUAGAAUAAGAUUAGUGUUAAGGAUGGAAAGAAAUGCAUUUAAGUUAAUGAUGUGCUGACAUUUUCGGUGUUGGGCAAAUUCAAUAAGAAUAAGGUAUUGAAGUAUCUUAAAGAUCUACAAUUCGCAUUGUUCUGAAAUAUAUAUAUAUAUAAAUAAUUUAUUAUUAUUAAAAUUAAUCGAA